AUGUCUGCUCGGCGCGCCCACCUGCCGCGGUACCAGAGCCCGACAACCCAUGUUUUGGGCAUGGGCCUGUCGGACCACGAACACGCGAACCUGUCGGAUGAUCGGGUGGUACAGCCGGAGAUGAGGCUUGGUAGGAAGGAGCCGUCCGAUCGGGAAGUAAACAAUCCUGGUCGCGAUACACAAACUCCCGGUAAGCACCAAGCUAGUCUCUAG